CCUGACAGGACAUCGUCCCACUAAGAAACCCAGGCUGACAGAGGCCAUGAAAAAGAAGCGUCUAGCCUGGGCUCGUGAGCACCGGCAUAAGACAAUCGAGGACUGGAGUAAGGUGUGUUUCUCAGAUGAGUCAUCCUUUGAGAUUUUAGCCGACAAGAGCAGCUUUGUGCGACGACGCCCAGGUGAAAAAUACCACCCUGACUGCAUUGUUGAGAGGGUAAAACACCCAGUUAAGGUAAUGGUGUGGUCUGUCAUAAGUGCCAAAGGGGUUGGGCGCCUCUACAUCGUCCAGGGAACCAUGAAACAAGACCAGUACAAGCAAGUUUUACAAACUCGCCUGUUGCCCACACUUGAAGAAUGGUUUCCAGACGGUGAAGAAUUCAUGUUUAUGCACGAUUCAGCACCAUGCCAUAAAGCCAGGAGCAUAUCCAAGUUCCUGGCAGACCACAACAUCCCAGUACUGCCUUGGCCUGGAAAUUCACCUGACAUGAACCCCAUAGAAAAUCUAUGGGAGAUCACCAAGGCUGAAAUAGCCAAGGAGAACAUAACCACCAAGGUUAGACUGAUCGAAAAGCUUAUUAAUGUGUGGCACCAUAACCCAAAAAUAAAAGAAAGUGCAAAAAACUGCAUAGAAAGUAUGCCCAGGCGUAUAGCAGCAGUCAUUGAUGCGAAAGGCAACGUCACAAAAUAUUAACUAAUUUUUCUGCAUGUACAUUUAUUU